AUGAAGUUAGAAUCUAAUAAUAAGAUGAUUAAUGGUGAUAGUGGUGCCGAAACGCCUGAUGAUGUAGUUGACCCGAGGCAAAAUGCUGAAGAUAUUAUUGAUGAGAUACUUGCAGAGUUUACAGAAUCCCGUACGCCUGAUUCCAUCAGAAAUGGAAGUGGUAUUCCAGAGAACUUGUUCAACAUUAUUCAACCACCCCGCACACGUACUCCAGCAAAUUCAUUUUCGGAAAACGCUACUAUCGAUGAUAUCGACCCAGCAUCAGACCUUGGCACUUCUAUACGCAACAAAUGCUUAGAACUUGAGGAAAUACUCCAGAGCCUGAAAUCGCGGCUCAAUCAUGUUGUGCUAGAUGAAAAUAUUGUCCUAAGCCCAGAUGCUAAUUCUAUGGAAGCUCAACUUGAGCAUGACUUGGAUACUGAUUGUCAGGAAGAACUUUCAUUACAAGAGUUUCUUGAGCUUCUACAUUCACAAAAUAAAAUAACACCUAGUGGUGUACAA